AUGGGCGCGGAAUGGCUAGCAGCAUUCGGUACGGGCGGCCUGCCCGGCGAGCCUUCGUUGAUGGAGGAGCUGGAUAUCAAUCUUCCUCACAUCCGCGAUAAGUCGCUCGCGGUGCUAAACCCAUUCCACCGGUUCUCGCCGGACCACGCAAAAGAUGCACACAUGAUGGACGACACGGACUUGGCCGGCCCCUUGCUCUUCUGUUUCGUAUUCGGCAUGCUUCUUUUGCUUGCAGGAAAGUCUCAGUUUGGCUACGUGUAUGGUGUAGGCCUGAUGGGGGUCGCGUCCAUUUAUAUUUUGCUCAACAUGAUGUCGACCGGCGGUAUUGACGCAACGUGCGUUACCAGCGUGCUUGGCUACUGUAUGCUGCCAUUGUGCCUGCUGGGUGCGAUCAAUGUGUUUCUGCGCCUCAACAGUGUGUUUGGCUACAUUGUCACGCCGCUUUUCAUCCUCUGGUGCUGCACAUCCGCUUCCGGCAUAUUUGUAUCGAUUCUUGGGAUGCACAACCAGCGUUUCCUUGUCGCCUACCCAGUGGGGCUCUUUUACGCGUGUUUUGCCAUGCUCAGUGUGUUUGAUGCCGGUACGGGCAAACAUGCGGGCACAAAAUGA